UCUGCUGGAGCUGCUGCAGUCAUGGCUGCUGAUGGUAUUGAUGAACGCUCUCCCCUGAUCUCUCCACAUUCUGGCAAUGUCACCCCUACAGCACCUCCCUACAGCCAGGAGAGCAACCUGCGGGCUGAAUUGCCACCUCCGUAUACAGCAAUCGUCAGCCCAGAUGCCAGUGGCGUUCCUGUAAUAAACUGCCGUGUGUGCCAGUCUCUCAUUAAUUUGGACGGGAAGCUUCAUCAGCAUGUGGUGAAGUGCACAGUCUGCAAUGAGGCUACGCCAAUCAAAACCCCUCCCUCAGGGAAGAAAUAUGUCCGGUGUCCUUGUAAUUGUCUCCUCAUCUGCAAGGACACCUCACGGAGAAUAGGAUGCCCACGACCGAACUGCAGACGUAUCAUCAAUCUGGGCCCAGUGAUGCUGAUCCCUGAGGAGCAGCCUGCCCAGCCCGCUCUACCAGUUCAGCCAGAGGGGACCAGAGUGGUUUGUGGUCACUGUGGAAAUACCUUUCUGUGGAUGGAGCUGAGGUUCAAUACCCUGGCAAAGUGCCCACAUUGCAAGAAAAUAUCCUCUGUAGGAAGUGCACUACCACGCAGGCGCUGCUGUGCUUACAUUACUAUGGGAAUGAUAUGCAUUUUUAUAGGAGUUGGCUUAACUGUUGGCACACAAGAUUUCGCCAGACGCUUCCACGCAACAUACGUCUCCUGGGCAGUUGCUUACCUCUUAGGCUUAGUUUGUCUUGUUCGGGCCUGCUACUGGGGAGCCAUAAAAGUCAGCUAUCCGGAACACACCUUUGCAUAGAGUUGACAUCAGUCCAUCGUAUUGUGUGAUUUUCAGCUAAAGAUUCUGGAUAUUAUCUUGUUUUUAACCUCUAAACGGCUGGAUUUACCUCAGAUCUGUACACUGAAGGACUCCUUAGCCUUGAACACGUGAAAGGGAAUGUCCACCCUAGUGUGCGGGGUACUUUCCACCAAGUACCCAGCUUGCACUCAUGCCAAUACUGAGCUGCAGUCCACCACAGUUUAGAGUUUCCAGGUGUGGGUGCCUGGAAAAUUUGACAAAGGUGUGAAAUGUGAGAUGGUGGCAUCAGUGCAUGGUUUCACAGUCAAGCUUAGGGUGGACAUUCCAUUAAGACCUCAAUGUUGAAAACCCUUUUGCUGUUGAAUUACAGUAUCUCGUCUAUUGAAGGCUAGCGCGUACCUGGACCUGUAUUUCAAUGAGCGUCUGGGAAGCCUAGGUCAAUGUGAAGGUCUACCGUCCAUAUUCAUUGUGGGGAGGGAUGCUUUUUGAUAGGAGGCAGUUGUACAUGAGCUGAAUACCAUUGCACUACAUAAUAUGCAACUUAGUUUUCUUCGCGCUGCUAGAUUUUGAAGCUGUGGACAUCUCCGCUGUUUACAUGUUCCAGCAUCUAUCCAUUGUACCGCUACAAGCUUCCAGCGGGCCAUACUUUAUUGUCCAUUUGUGCCAUGGGUAUUGUGCAGCUAUAGAAUAAUACUCCCAUAUCUCUUAUUGUUUGCACUGUGGCUUCAGAUCUCUAGUUCCGGCUCCGUCCAUGUGACAGAUUGGUUAUAUUGCAGCAGUGAUUGGGUAGGGAAGAUCCAUGCACCACAUGCCCCUACUUCUAUAGACCUUUGGAGGCAUGGCUUCCAGAUAGAUCAAUGAUUCCUGUCACUAUUUGCAGUGAACAUACUGUAGAUUUCCUGUGUAAAGUAUAUGUGUUGGAAUGAGGCCUUACUGUA